CCGGCCCUGGGCUGGUCAUUCCCUGCCGCGGCCAUGGUGAUCACUCGGAGCCAGUCCCUCAGGCUCCCCCGGGCCUCCUAUAACAAACUCCAGGACGUGUGGGGGGAUCGCUUAGAAUGCAAGGGGCUGAGCCCCCUCGUCCCCCAGGGCCGCCAGCAGGCCCCCCGCUUGCAGAGGUCCCUCAGCCUCCGGUCCCGGAGGGAAAAGCCGCCCCCUGGGUGCCCGGAAGCCGACUCGGGCCUCCCCGAGGGCCAGGACUCCCCUCCUCCCGACGGCGCUGCUGGGAACCUGGGGGACACGGAACAGCUGAUCCAAGGCAAGGCCCGGGGGAGGCAGAAAAUGCACCACUAUAGGAAGCAGGUGGAUCAUGCCCUGAGAAGAACGUGGGGGAGCUUCGUGGCCAACCUCCCCGGAGUGACCCUCAGCCGCUCGGCCACCCCUAGCCCCGCCCGGGACUCUGCCAGCUGAAGGGGGCGGCCGCGGUGGGCAGGACCCCCCGUCCCAGCUUCUUCCGGGGCCCAGGACGACCAGCACUUCUGGGGAGCCCGCAAGGCUCCUCCAGGUGGACGCCGGCACCGUUCUGCUCCUUUAUUUAUAAUUUACAGCCACGUCCUUUCCUCGGCCGAGCAGCGUCUCCUUGGGUGUCUUGCCCGGCCCUGCAGCCCGGGCACCCCCUCGGUCCUCCCGGCCGGCUGCUGGCUUCCUUCUGGAGGCCGAAGCCAUUGAUCUUUCUGCCCCAGAAGGGGAGGCCGGGCCUUAGCCUCAGCAGCCUUUCUAGGGGGAGGGGAGAUGUUCAGGGCAGGGGCCUGGAGAGCAAGAGCUGCUGAAGCCAGAUUCCUGCUGAAGCCCUCUCUGACCCCUGACCCCCUGCUGAAGCCCUCUCUGACCCCUGACCCCCUGCCGGGACCUCACUGCCCCCCCCUCGCGGGGACCUCGCUGCUCCCCAGAGAACAGCACACCCCUCUUCUCCCUCGGGUGGGCUCCUGGGCCCAGGAUGCUCUUCCUCCUCAUCCUGCUUCCUGUAGUAGGACCGACAUCCGCCUUCUCCAGAAAGCCUUUCCUGGUCCCCUCAGCCCCAGGACCUUCCCCGGAGCGACUUCCUUUGAUUUACUGCCACCACAGCUCCUGUGCAGGGGACUGUGGACAGGUGGUCCCCCUAUACGACUGCAGCCUCUUGGAAGAGCUUUUGCUUGGCCCAGUGCCUGGCACACAGCAGGCACUUAAUAAAUGCUCAUGGAGCCACCAAUUGGCCAAAAACCUGCCCUCCGAUACCCCCCUCUUUCUCCCGGCCUGAGUGAGGAUGCUGCUGUAGGGAACGGCCCAUCCAGGCCUUUGGCUGCGGUCCUUUGCAGAGCCUUCCGAGGGGCCUGGGAGGGACCUGGCCGUGCCAGGAGGGGCCAGAGAGGCAGAGGGAGCCCGGCUGUGCCAGGGAGCUCCCGCUGCCUGUGACCUGCCCCUCCCCAGGCCGAGCUGGUGCCCCUGCCCUUCCCAGCCCUGCCUGGCUGCACACUGACAGGGACAGUGCUCCGGACCGAACACGAGUCACCAUUUGCUUAUAAAUAAAAGCUCG